GGCAGCCCGAGGCCGAGACAGUCACCGUCCAUCUCUUUGCUGCCCAGAACUGACCCGCAGCUCGGACACUCGCCACCAUGUGCAAAGGGCUCGCGGCUCUGCCUCACUCCUGCCUGGAAAGGGCUAAGGAGAUCAAGAUCAAGUUGGGGACACUCCUGCAGAAGCCCGAUGCGGCCCCUGACCUGGUCAUCCCCUACAACGAGAAGCCGGAGAAACCCGCCAAGGCCCAGAAGCCAUCGCCAGAGGAGGUUCUGCAGUGGCGUGACUCUCUGGACAAGAUCCUGCAGAACAGCUACGGGCUGGCGAGCUUCCGCAGCUUCCUGAAGUCGGAGUUCAGCGAGGAGAACCUGGAGUUCUGGCUGGCCUGCGAGGACUACAGGCGGACCCGCGCCCCUGGCCGGCUGGCACAGAAGGCCCGGCGCAUCUACGAGGACUUCAUCCGCGCCGAGGCGCCCCGGGAGGUCAACAUCGACCACUUCACCAAGGGCCUGACCGUGCAGAACCUGGCAGCCCCGUCCCCGAGCAGCUUUGACGUGGCCCAGAAGCGUGUCCGCGCCCUGAUGGAGAAGGACUCGCUGCCCCGUUUCGUGCGCUCUGAGUUCUACCAGGAGCUGCUGAAGUAACCACGGGGCCGGCCCAAGCCCCCCGCACCACCCAGCUCGCCAGUUUCCCGCCACCCACGCGCCGUCCCCCACCCCUGACCAACGGGGAGCACCCCCCCAGGAGCACCCAGGCUCUCUCCCUCUCUCCACCUACCCCUUCCGUGCUCCAGCUCUCUCUUCCCUUCCCUCCCUCCACCUCGCCCUGGGUUUCUCAUCAGAAUUGGGAAAAUUCUGCCCAUCCGAACCAGAUUCGAUCCCCGGCAUCCCCUAAGGUCCCCCGAGCACCGCCAGGAGUGAUCCCUGAGUGCAGAUCCAGGAGGAACCCCUGAGCACUGAGCAUCUCCAGGUGGGACCCAAAAAAGCAAAAAAAAAAAAUCCAGGACACCCGCCGUGUCCGUGGAGGGGGUGAUCAGCCCGAACCCCCCGUGGUGAAUCUGAACCUGUUGAGUCUCAGCCUGCUCAAAUCCAAACGGCCUGUUGUCGAUCCUGCCGUUAGAUCCCCCUGAACCAAAUUUCAGUUUCAGAGCCUGUAGGAACCCGCCACCCUGGGCUGGCUCCCCCCCCUGAAGGGUUUGUGCCCCUCUCCUCCACCCCCCACCCCCCAACCCCCAACCCCAACUCUCCACUUUCACAUUAAGUUACGUGCGAGUGUGAGAAUCAUGAGCUCUGUUUGGGAAAGUUCCGAGCUGCUGGUCAUGGGGGCGUCCCUUGCUGACGUCACGGCCCGGGGAGCUGCCAGCCAGUUGGGCUCUCGGAUGCUGAUGGCUAAUUAAAAACCCAUGGCAUUGGACUUCAGAACCGCCCUUCGCGCCAGGAAAACGCCCUCGCUGCGGGUGCGGUUCCUGCAAAAUCAAUCACCCCCCCCCCAAAACCCCACACACCCCAUCACUCCCUCCUGUUCCGCUCCCCAUGUUGGUGAAUUUUCCUUGCAGUGAAAAUGCACAUUUAUUUACACGUAUUAUUCGCCACUCCCCACAGCUUCUGAAUCGGCCGUGAACCCUAGUUAAUGGAUUUUAGCUUUGAUUCUGUCCUGCGUUAUUAUAAGUCUGGCUAGGAAGUUUCUCUUUUAUUUAGUCGGUCGGAGCUGCAAUUCUGUGUUAUUAUAAGUCUGGCUAGGAAAUAUUUUUAACUAAGAUCAUUUGAGCUGCAGGUCUAUCCUGAGUUAUUACAAGUCUGGUUAGGAAACUUUUAUUUAGGAGGUUUGAGCUGCAGCUCUGCGUGCGUUAUUUUAAGUCUGGCUAGAAUUGUUUUUCUUUGAUUUAGUAGGUUUGAGCUACAGUUCUGCCCUGAAUUAUUAUUAAGUCUGGCUAGGAAAUUUUGCUUUUAUGUAGUUGGUUGGAGCUGCAGUUCUGCCUAUGUUAUUUUAAGUCUGGCUAGAAAUUUUGCUUUCAUGUCGUCGCUUUGAGCUGCACUUCUGCCCUGCGUUAUUAUCAGUCUGGCUAGGAAAGUUAUUUCAUGUUUAGUCGAUGUAACUCACGAUUUAAUCCAAGAGCAGGGCGGGUCGUUGUUCUGCGGGUUUCAGUGCCAGCCCAGCAGAGCCUGUUUGAGGGCAAGUAAGCCCCUGGCUGCCCGCAAGGCGCUGGCCGGGGUCCCCAGCCCUUCCGGGGCUCGAACCUUCCACGCCGGGAGGGGGGUCGGAUGGACGGGCUGCGACCGGGAACAGCCCCGCUGCCGUCUGUCGGGAUGACCGCUGUCCUCAGGAGACCCCAUCGGAGGAAAAAGGGGGCUUGCCUUCUCUGGAAGCCCCCAGAAGGGAUGAGGAAGGGAGGGAGGGCCCCACCCUGGAAGCUCGGGUUCAAGCCCACCCUUUGUGGGCGGGGCGACUCGAGGGAUGGGGGUCUCCAGCUGGGGGGCGCAGACAGGUGACACUCAGGGCGUAGCAGCUUGGCAGAGGGUCCCCGGGGAAAAUCCUCGCAAGCGUUUCCAAAGUGGUUUAAAAGGGCGUAGAGGGGAGAAGGGAGAAGGACGCCGGCCCCCCACAGUAACGUCUGUCUCCCGGGGACAGAGCAAAUCUCUUCCCUGCUGGGCCUCUUUCCCUGAGGCACCUACCCCCACCCACCCCAUGGAGCACUGUCGGGCGAGCACUGGGGUCUGCGUUCUCCGAGAGGCAGGCAUGUCGGGAGCUGGGCAGUCGAUGUGUGGUGGUGGGGGGUGCAGGCCGGCUGUGUCGGGGGGCGCGCCUGGCUCACAGCCGCACAUAUUCUGGUGGGCUUGAAGGCGUUCGGGUGGGCUUUGGCUGGAGCCUAAACUGGACCUGAGGAGACGAACAGGGCCCACGCGAGGGGAGCUGGGGGGCAGCGCUGCGUGGGCGUCCGUGUCACACGACACCCCUGCCACAUGCGUGCUUGCACACACGUGUGCGGGCACACACAGAGUCACACUCUCACACACACACUCACAGACAUAUAUACACACACAGACACGUACAUAAACACACACUACACAGUCUCAGACACAACACACACUCUCUUACACACGCAUUCACACACAAACAUACACUCAGACACACACACACAAUCACACACACUCUCAUGUACACAUUCACACAAUCUCACACUCACACUCACACACUCACAUGCUCUUACACUUUUCCCCUCUCCGGGAGGGACACCUUGGGCGGAGCUAACUGGCAUUUCAGUCCUUUCUCCUCUGCUUCCCCGCCCCCCACCCCGUCAGUGCCCGUUGCCCCCUCUGGCUCCGGCCACAGUGCUCUAAGUGGGCCUCCACCUUGAAACCUCCCAGAUGCUUUUGUGCCCGUGUUCUGUGCCAAGCCCCGGCUGGGGACGCUCCCUGCCCACACACAGGCCGAGCUGUCCCGUGCCCCAGGGAAGGGACGUGUGUCCAAGUGCCCGCUGGGCCGGGCGAGCAGAGUGGGGUGCCCCUGAGCGGGGCCAGCCCUGAGAAGGGGGUUCUGGACCCGGCGUGGGUCGGGCUGCUCCCUCCCCCGGGCCUCCGCCCGGCUUCUUGGGUGCGGGGCUGGUUUGGGGUCCAGAUGGCGAGAUGGCAGGGAGGAGGAGAGGCAGAGAGAGGGCGGGCACGGGAGUGCGUUCAGGGGUAGAACAUUCCAGAAGCUCGCCCCCAGUAGAACCUUCUGGAAAUCUGCCCGGGGGAGGUAGAACUGUCCAGGCAAUGCGGAGUUCUCCAGGCUGGGCGCAGCUGCACAGAGACCCCCAUUUUCACCCGGGGGGCGUCUGGGGGUGGGGGCGCGGGAGUGUCCGCGUCCAACCCCCGGAGCGGGCAGGGAGGGUCUGACGGGCUGGGGCAGCGCAGAGCCCCCCCCUGGGGGGCCACACCGGAAGCACCAGCAGACGGGAGAGACCCUUGUGGGCAGGCACGGAGCCCGGGGGUCGCAGGAGAGAGCCGGGAGAAGGGUCUCACGGGCACCCCUGGGGGUCCCUCCAUACCCCGCCCAGGGCACGGGAAACAGGGUGGGGGGGUCAGCGCCUGCCCACUGGCGAUGGACGUGGCCAAAGUGAGGGACUUUAUACCUGGGAACAGGCUCGGGAGGGCCCCAGGCGCCCCCUUCUCCCCCCGGACGCUCCAUGGAGACCCACCUGGGCCUCCUGGUCAGAAGGGCCUCGGGACCUGGCGUCCCCCCUCCCACGACGUAGCCCAGCCCUGCAGUAGCUGCACCCCUCCCCCGACCCCUGCAUCCGUAAGCGCCUCAUGUACCCACGGUCACGCGUCUGAGUCCAUUAAACGUGUCCCUCACCGCC